AUGGACGAAGAAGAUGAAGAUGUCUCCAAGUUGGAAGAUUGCUGGAGUACGAUCUCUCUCCAUCCUUUAGACGAAACUUUUUGUUUAGAUGGCGAAGAUGUCGAAGAUCUCUCCAAUUUCAGUUCUUACCCAAGCUGUUACGAAUCUUACGGUCAUAGGCAGAUACGCGUCUUCUGGGACGUUGUGCAAUACCCAAUCCCAACUAGUGCCAACGUUAAAUCUGUUAAAACUACUCUGAGAGCAGCUCUCAAUCAAAUGGGAUUUUAUAGUUGUGUGACAAUCGAUGCGUAUGGUGACAGAAUGAACCACAGCAAAGAUGACUUGCGCGACGCCCGAAUCUCACACCAACCACAAGAUGAAAUGGUUGUGGACCUUAUUAUUGGAUCACACACGCACUCUCCACUAAAUAUAGUGGUAAUCCCAAGUCCAGACCCAGAGAGUGAGCUGCACAGGGUCCUCAAGUGUUUGCAAAAGAGACAUCACCAGAUUCUCUUAGUGAAGCCCAAGGCACACGAACAGGAUGGUCACUUUCUAUUUGAUUCUGUAGAGUCGGUAGUGGAUUGUACACAAGAUUUAGAUGGAGGGAAGCCUAUCAUUAAAGGGAGAAGGAUGGAAGAUACUACUCCUGUGGUCAAAGAUUUGUCCAGUCUCGCCUCUCUGUUUGAAGGUCCUGAGAGGAAGGGAUUCGUCUUCUGGGACGUGGCCAAGUACUCAAACCCUACUAGAGCCAAUGCCGCACUUGUUGGAACUGGUAUUAGAGCAGCUCUUCAACGACUCGGCCAUUAUGGCUGUGUGGAAAUCCUGGCGUUUGGUGGCUACAAAAUGAAGCGGAAACACAUCAAACAUGACCAGUACAAAGGAGCCAGAAUCAUACACAUACCACAAGGGUUAUAUGUAAAGGCGUGGGACCUUUACGCAAAGUCGUUAAAUCCAGGACCUUUGAUGGUAAUCCCAACACCAGACCCAUGUAGUGAUCAGCACCGGCUUCUUACUUCGUUUCUGAAAGAGGGACAUUACGAUGUCCUCUCAGUAAAGCCGCCUGUUGAUGAGGACAGCCCACAAGAUGAAUCAUUUCUAACCUAUCCAGAUUCAAUACUUGGUUGUACAUAUGGUUUAUAUGGAGGAUAUCCUAUCCUCAGAGGGAGAAUUAAGGAUGAAAGAUAUCCAAGACUUCUCCAAUUCGAGCAAUGGGCAAGGGGAGGCGUGUUCGUGUUCUGGAACCUCGAGGAUUUCCCAUUCCCUGCUGGAUGGAGUCCUGAUGCCAUCUAUGAGAAAAUCGAAGCAGCAUAUAGUGGUGCUGAUGGUUAUGAGUUGGGUGACAUGUCAAUAUGGGCUUAUAUUGAUGACAAGGAAGGGUCUUGGGGUGGGGAUUUCCUGAAAAACAAGACUUGGGAAUCAAGUAUCUACUUCCUUCCCGGAGGAGGGGAUAAAUCCGCGAGACGAAAUAGAAUGUUACAUGACAUCCUUUUAUGGUCAAGGGACAUGGUAACUACUUCGGCAAAGUUGGUCAUAGUAUCAAAUAAAGAUGAAGUCAUAGAGGACAAGGACUUCUCCUCUAGGCUUGAAAUGUUGGAAGGUUGGGGCUACAAAGUUUUCGUACAACCUGGGAGCUCUUUUUUCUAA